UGCAUCAACACCAUGGCGAAAGCGACGUCAGUCGUGUGAAUAAAUUUUUGUUUUCUUAGUGAAAACAUUGUUUUCGUUACGUUUUAGUGCUACAAGACGCUUGAUAAAGUUAUUUAAAGUGUUACACAUAUACUUAAGUGACUGACUUUUUAUUGAAAGUUCCAAAAUAAGUGUGUGAAAUUGUAACGAACUCUGGGAUCACUUUGGGAUUCAGGUGUCAACGAGGAUGAUAUUAUCCUCAUACCCGGCACCGUUCAGCUAAGUUUUAAUAAAGAUAUUGUUAAGGCGGCAGGCUACACAAUCAUAAAAAUGCAGCGGCAAUAAGCUGCUACGCAGGUGGUUUCUCGCCAUGCAGCGCGCGGGUGGGAGAAGGGCCUGUGCGCCAUGAGCCACACUCCUAUCGGCGGCCACCCGCAAGGUUGGGAUCACAAGCUUGCUGACAGGUCGUCGCUACCGCCAGCUUCAGGGGAGGAGAAGAGCAAAUCUCAGUCCAAAUAUGUGUUCACACAACCACAUUCAAAGUCGGGCAUGGUGUGGCGCGAGCAAACCGAGGGCUCGUCGGGCAGCUCGGCGCGCUCGCCCGUGUCGCCGCCCUACAUCCGCUGGGCGCGCAGCCUGCCCGAGCUGCUCGAGGACGCGGAAGGCGUGCGUUUGUUCCGCAAGUUCGUGGGCGGCGCGGGCGGACUGCACGUGGAGCGGCUCAACUUCUACUUCGCCGUGCAGGGCCUGCGCCAGGAGACCGACCCCGCCAAGAUCCGCCAGGUCGUCUCCGCCAUAUACAAAUUUCUCCGCAAGUCUCAGCUAGCGAUGCCGGAAGAGCUGAAGCAGCACGUGAAGCAGAGCCUCAAGGAUGGCUCCAACAUCGAGCGUACUAUCUUCGACAACAUGGAGAAGGAGGUGACGCGCGCCAUCAACGAGACGACGUACCAGGCGUUCCUGAGCUCGGAGGCGUACGUGUCGUACGUCAGCGCCGCCACGCAGCCGCUGUCCUCGCCCGACGCGUCGCCGCCGCACCCGCCGAGAGAGGUGGCGGUAUCCAGCGGCCUAGCCACGCUGCACGAAGGGCAAGAGCUGGGCUCGAGCGCGGGCGGCGGGUUCGCGCCCGCGCGGCUGACGCACGACGCGCUGCUCGCCACGCAGUCGCGCCGCCUUCACGCCGACGUCGCACCGCACCGCAAGCGUUCGGUGUACAGCGCCCACGUGACGUACGCCGGGUACUGCCCCGGCUCGCGGCACGACUCCGACCGCGCGUCGCUCAGCAGCGGCCGCGCCGACAGCGACGCCGUGUCGCUCUCCGGCAGCAGCGUAGAUGGCAUGUCGAUGCGCACGCGGGAACCUCGUCACCACCGACUGCACGGGCUGGACCGCCACGCGCCGCUUAACAAGGAGCAGGACACCGCCAUGAUGAUUCCUCGGACACAGCGCAUGCAGGCCGAGCAGCUGCGAGUGUUGCCGCCGGACGAGUUCGCGCCGCUGCUCAUCGAGAAGUUAGAGCGCGUGCGCCGCGACCAGGAGACCAAGGAGCGGCUCGAGAGGCGCCUCGCGGAGGGCGACGGCGAGGAGCCGUCGACGCAGGCGCUGCCGCCGCAGCUGGUGGCGGCCGCCAUCCGCGAGAAGCUGCAGCUCGACGACGACAACGACCAGGACAUAUUAGACCAGCACGUGUCGCGCGUGUGGUCGGAGCGCACGCCGGGCGCGUCCCCGCCGGGCGGGCGGCGUGCCCGGACGCGUCCGCACGCGCGCCGCGCGCCGUCCGCGCUGUCCGCUGACUCCGGACACUACGACGCGCCGUCCGACGCGCACCACUCGCACGCCGCCUCCAAGAGAUCAUUCAGCAAGAAAACCGUCACGGAGCUCACCGACAGCGGCGUAUCAGUAGUCAGCGAGGGAGCGAGCGUGGAGCCUCGCAUCUUGCUCUGGAUAGCCGAGGGCUCGGAGCGACCACAGAGGCGGUUAGAGCGCAUGGAGCGGCGCGCGCAUCGAGACUUGUCGUCGCGCGCGUCGUCAGCUGAUCGGGAUGACCACCGCCGCCGGGACAAGCAGCAGCAGAGGCCGCGCGGCAGCGCCAGCGGCGGCGGCGGCAGCAAGUCGAGCAGCACGAGCGGCGGCGGCGGCGGCGGCAGCGGGACCGCCGGUACCGAUACACACACCGUGGUGGUCGUAUCGUUCCUGGACGAGGCCGUGCCCUACCGCUUCAAAGUACCCGCCGCGCCGCUAACGCUCAAACUCUUCAAGGACUACCUGCCUAGGAAGGGGAACUACCGAUACUUCUUCAAGACGAACUGCGCGGACUUAGACACGGUGAUCCAGGAGGAGGUGUGUAACGACUCCGACACGCUGCCCGUGUUCGACGGGAAGGUCAUGGCGCGCGUCAAGACCAUCGACUAGGCGCCACAGACUACCGGAUGACAGCGAGACCAUAGACUACACUACCGAAUGACGAGACCAUCGAUUAGCCGCCACAGACUAAGCAAUCGAUCGACGGUGAACCCAUCGAUUAGGCACAGAUAGGGUUGCCAGGUGUCCGACUUUAGCCGGACAUGUUUGGCUUUUUACGGUCGUGUCCGGCCAAAAAUUGUUUUGUCCGGAUGUCCGGCUUUUUUUAUUUUUAUGUGGUUGCCGCGCCAGGCGAAAGUCUAGCUGCGGAAUAAUAUCAAGCGCACGCAUCAGGAUGCUGGGCAACCAAUGAUGAUAGAAUUCACUCGUAAGCUACGACACUAAUUGCAUGUCCGGGUUUAGGGUUAAAUGUCCGGCCAAAUGAAGCACAGAGUCCGGAUUUUGUGUUUUAGGACCUGGCAACCCUAACCACAGACUACGCGCUAUAAUGUAUGACUAUAAUGUAGUAGACUCCAUCAUUUGCCUGCUUUUAAGGCUUCUGGCUUAGUAGACACCAUUUAAACUGUUCACCACACCAUUUCUGUAUUAAAAUAUUUUCGGCAGGCUUAACUGUUAGGCUGAGGUGCACCACAUUACUUUAACCGUAAAUAUAAUCGUAACCGGUGUUUUUGUAUGGAGUUUGACAGGAUUAGGACGUUUGUUAUUGUUAUGAAGAUGGUGCAAUCCAGCCUUAAUCUUUGAACUUUUUUUUUAUAAUAAUUAGACAGUGCAACUUAAUCCAGUGUCUUUCAAUAAAUAUGUGUGUUAUAUUGGUGUCUAUUAACCCAUACACAUCGUAAGUAUCUUAAAAUCGUUUUAUGGUCUAACAGCUGUCGUUAGAUAUAAAAACUGGUAGUCGACCAGAGUUCGUUAAAUCAAAAUUAUCGCUCAUAAACCCCAGUCACAAAAUAUUUGACUGCUGGUUGCCAAACGCUAUAAAUAUGCCAGUAAAAUAGCCACUGGUAUUUAGCCUGGUUAUACCGCCAAAUUGUAAACAUCAGUAGGAGUUUAAGUGCAAUGUGAAUCAGUUGAAUACCAGUUUUCGUCGCUCUGUCCCGCUCCGCCUAUAAAUAUUUGUAUCCAUAUUUGAAACUCUUCCCAAAUUCAAAUUGUUUGUUUGUUAAUAAGUGUCAUCAAUGUGAACAAUGAUUGUGCUGUAUGAAUCUAUUACAUCAAUAUUUAUUAUAAUUUCAAAUGUGACGUGAAACAAUAAGUUUUGUAAGUGUAUGAUAGGUUUAAUGUACAUUGAUGUAUUGUGUUGAACUACUGAGUAACGUGAGGCGUGAUUGUGGGCGGGCCGGCAGGGCGACGCUAGUGUUAACACUUUAUUUAUUUAAACAACUAAAACGUAGAUUACACGAGCCCCUCGUGGCCACGUUGUAUAAACUUCUGUUCCUCGUCGUCUCUUAGCUUUUGAUUUUAAUUAUUUUUUUACUUGAGCUAGUUGAGUACGCUUACUACUGUACGAUAUUUUUAUUUUGGAGUACGACAGUUAUGCGAUUUCUUAAAUAAUAUUCCUAGUGUUACAUGAAUGACUGCUUAGUUUGUAUAUUUUAAAUUAAUGUGUUAGAUAUACAAGAUGUGUUCUGUUUAAAAUAUAUACUUUCGUUAUAAUUGAGGAUUCGGAAAUUGUGACUCUUUCAAUGAAAUAUCGCCAUCGACUACAGAAUAUUUGAUUAUUGUUAGUACUUUGUAAUCUUUGAGAGUUCAAUUUAUUUUUAGUAUCUAACGGCUACAUUUUUUGGUUUGUGUAAAAAUAUAUUCUUAUAAAAACAGGAAUAACCAUCUGUUCUGUGAUCGACGGCAGUUCGAUUCAAAAUUCACGGUACAUUUAUAAUGGGAUCUCAAUGAAUAUCAAUUAUGCUCUAAUGAAUUAAGUGGACAGUUAAAAUAAAUUAUUUCCGUUCUGCAGCUGUGAAUAGGACUAAUUAGACAGAUAGGAGUAAGAGUACAUUUGUUUAUUCCACCUUAGUGGCCAGUCGGCGUCGUUGGAGGGUUUGUUGAUCCAUUUAUAUUUUCACUAAAACAUAAUAAUGACUGAAUUUCCCUAAACUUUACAGUUUCUCAACCACUACAUUUAAGACACAUCGAGCAUUAAAAUAUCAGUUCCACCAAGAAAUACGACAAACGUUGCAACCACGCCGACUGUCACAAUACGUUGCUACUGCGAAAUGAUUGCCAGACUGAGUUUCCCUAAGUCAACUUAGUUCGAUAGCUAGUCCCGUUCGCUCGCGCGCCGCCACCCGAGGUUGCCUACAUUUAGCAGAUCCAAGACACGAUAUUCUUUCUGACUAGUCAUGCACGUAACUUAGAAUUUGAAAACUAAAAUGUAACUUGAAGAACAAACUGUAAAACUUAUCUCUCUGAAUAACUUAGCUGAUACCGUCUGUUAUUGUUCUGCCUUCGUCUGCAUCGAAAAGGAAAUCGUGUGUUGGCGCCGCGCCGGCCUCUGAUGAGUGGCGCGCGGGCGGCCGUUCCGUACAGUACUUAUUACUUGCAUAUUGUAAAAUAUAAGUAAGAUAGAUUGUCAUGUCCGGUCCAAAGAUACGGUCAGCGGCACAAGCGUGCGCCAGGAGCUACCCUUAAUUUAAGCAACGAUGUUUACUACUGUUUAAAUUUGCCACUAUUUUCUUUUAGAUACUUUAUUUUUGUCUCCUGCGGGACGCGCCUGCGCCGCCGGCCGUACCUCCUAAAGAUAUAGGAGUGUUGCCAGCGAAACGAGUGCACCUAACGAAUGCACAAUUAUGAGAAUCGGGUGCGGAAACAUGUGCCUUCAAUGUUGAUAAAUUUUUCAUAGUUGAUGCUUCUAAUUAGAUGUAAGUUAACACUUGUAAAUAUAGAUUUAACGCUACGUCGAUUCGAACUCUAUUUUUUAUUAAUUUAAUUAAAAUCUUUUUUUUAUUUAUUGCCUAAGAUUGCGUUAACGCGCUCCCAAUACGUCUCGGACGCAGAUUUAAAUGAAUUGUUUAUCUAUCCGCCCCCAGUGAGGGCCAAUAUUUAGCCAAUUUUAUGUGAAAAUUCUUUACUUAUUGAGUUGUAGUUCGUUGCCAGCGGGCAUUAGAGGCUCGGUUAACGUCGUCUUCUUUCACUGCCAAGAUGCUUUCCAUAUACAAAGAUCGCUUGUACUUCUUUGGAAUAUUUUUGGUUUUAUUGUAUUUUUUUGCAGUUUUAUGCGAAAUUGUCUAAGCUUUAGUAUGAUUACGAGUUAUUUUUUGUAACUAAACCUUUUAAUAAAUGUUAUGUAUAAUGAAAACGUGGCGGGUAUCAAAUACUUGUGUCUGAGACGUCCAACACGUUGACAUCGUUUCAAGAUCACAAACGUGACCGCGUGUCGGUACGACAAUAUGUAUAAAUAGAUGAACUAUAUCGUUUUUAAAUUAUAUAAGGCACUUUCCCCACACUAGUUUCGAAAAGUACCUUUAUAAUGUAAUACCAAAAUGUCCUUGAGGGCUCAAAAAAUACGUCGAGUUAAAAUUGCUUGUUAAAAAUGUAUAAAAUAUAAUGUUUUCCAAGUCUAGAGUGUACACGGAUGUGGGAACUAAUAAGUAAACGAUUUGUAUUAAAAUAUUGAAGUACUAAAUAAAGUAUUACUUUCAACAAUGAUACAUGUAACGGUCGACGGCCGCAAUAAAUAGUAAAGAAUUCCACUAAUCGGACUGUAUUAUUUUUUUAUCUAGCACAUGUAACAUUUAAAAAAUAAACUGGAACUGUGCCAUAUG